AUGGGCAACUCCUCCAACCCCGCUCACAAGGCCGGCGUGCCCCGUACUGGACUCGUCUGGGGCAUCAACCGCGGUCACCAGACCGAGCGACGAGUGCUUGCUCCUCGCCCCUCGAACCGCAAGGGUCGCCAGGGUGAGCGCGUCAAGGUCAUCCGCUCCGUCGUUCGCGAGGUUGCCGGCUUCGCCCCUUACGAGCGUCGCGCCAUGGAGCUCAUCCGCAACUCCAAGGACAAGCGUGCGCGCAAGUUCAUCAAGCGCCGUGUAGGAACGCUCCGUCGCGCUAAGAACAAGAUGGAGAGCUUGACCAACGUCAUCGCCGAACAGCGCCGCGCCGGUCACUAA